AUACUGCCACGCCAACGAGGCAUAGAAGCGUCACCCCAUGCGCGAAGCGGCAGAUUGCUCGCUCUCUUCUACUGCACCACUUCUUGCGUCUUCCUCACUCUGGCUCGGUUCCUCAUUUCCUCCUUUUCAUUUUUAUCGGCUGUCUCCGAAAAAAAUCCGCCUUUUUCCCAAUAUCAUAAAAUCUCUCUCUCUCUCUCUCUCUCUCUCUCUCACACACACACACACACACACACACACACACACACACACUGGUGAAUUCAAGUAGUUGCAGGGGGAGAGAGAUGAUUGAGCUCGAGAUGCACUGAUUCCUGCAAAAUUUUGCCGUUGAUUCUUCUGUGGAUUGGAGAAUAAACUUUGCAGCUUUGAUUCGCUUAGUGAAAGCUGAGUUGAAGUUUCGAUGCUUACGAAUUUUUUCAACUUGUCGCCAGUGGAGGCUUGUGUCUGCGUUUCGUCGAGUUUUGAUUCAUAAAGAGAGCAGAAGAUGUUGCAAUCCGGAUUUAAUAUUAAUGAUCUGGUUCAACAAGCUCAAAUUCGUUGGCUGAAACCUGCAGAAGUGCUUUUUAUAUUAAAGAAUUGUGAGGACCACCAGCUCACCCAAGAGGCUCCUCAGAAGCCAACUAGUGGGUCUUUGUUCCUAUUUAACAAGAGGGUGCUUAGAUUUUUCCGCAAAGAUGGGCAUAGUUGGCGAAAAAAGAAAGAUGGCAGGACCGUUGGUGAAGCACAUGAAAGACUUAAGGUCGGAAAUGUUGAAGCUUUGAACUGUUAUUAUGCACAUGGAGCGAAUAAUCCAAAUUUUCAGAGGCGUAGUUAUUGGAUGCUGGACCCGGCAUACGAGCACAUUGUUCUUGUUCAUUAUAGAGAGAUAAGUGAGGUAAGGCAUACUUCUGGAAUUAUUCAGUUAUCACCUGGUUCCUCUUCCACUUUCAGCCGGAGUCCAGACUCUUGCGUUGCUCGAAAUCCUGGUUCAAUUUCUGUAGUUACUGAGCUAUACGGAUCAAAUCAGAAUCUCUCUAGUCCAGGAUCUGUAGAAGUUAGUUCUGAAAUAUUCAUCAAGGAUAAUGGUCUGGAUCAUAUGGACAAGAUAAAUGGAACAGGUGAAUUUAAUAGUUCGUCUGAGCUUGAGGUUAGCCAAGCUUUGCGGAGGCUCGAGGAGCAGCUAAGUUUGAAUGAUGAAAGCUGGGAAGAAAUUGGUCCAUUCUGCAGUCAGAAUGGGAAUUCAAAUGAUUAUGGAGUUCUAGCAUAUGAAAGGGAAGUGGCCAAGCAUGAUGACCAUCUGCAGGGACGUGAAGAACAUGGUCAGUUGUACGGUGGUCAUUGUGAAAGAGAAGAUGGCUCCAACAAUAGUAUGCUUCUACAGAAUGCAGGGGACAAUGGCAUUCAGCACCAUCAAUCAUUUGGGCAUGUAGAUCAUUUUGAAAGAAAAGAACUUGUGUCUUGGAAAGAUAUGCUGGAAUUACAUAAGAAGUCAUCUAAUGUUGAUUCCAAGGAGAAACAUCCAUACACAUCAGAUACGAAUGAAAAACCGUCAUCAUUUUUGAAGAUUGGACUAUCUGAAGAACAGAAAAACUGUCAUUGGCUUAAUUUUGGCGAAAAUAAUUCUGACAACUAUUCUAUGUUGCCAUCUCUGGAAGUUGAGAACUUGAAGUUUCCCUCUUUGAUAAACACUCAUGAAACCAACCCUGACAACUACAUGAUGUUUUUUAACGAUAUUUCUGAAAUUCCUUUUGAAGAAAAUUCAAGCUUAACCAUUUCACAAACGCAGAAAUUUACAAUUCAUGAAAUAUCCCCAGAAUGGGGUUAUUCCUCUGAAGCUACAAAGGUCAUUAUUAUUGGAACUUUUCUGUGUGAUUCAUCAGAAUGUGUAUGGACUUGUAUGAUUGGUGACAUUGAAGUUCCUCUUGAGAUCAUUCAGGAAGGUAUCUUCCGAUGCCAUGCUCCUCCCCACCUUCCUGGAAAGGUCAGUCUAUGCAUCACUUCUGGCAAUCGAGAGUCUUGCAGCGAAGUCAGAGAGUUUGAGUUCCGUUCUAAGCCAACUAGUUGUACCCACAGCAAUUUUCCACAAACAGAAGCAGCUAAGAGUCCAGAAGAACAGUUGCUCCUUGUUAGAUUUGUGCAGAUGCUUCUGUCUGACCCCUUGAUGCAGAAAGGGGCGAAUGUUGAAUCAAGAAUUGAUCUGUUAAGAAAAUUGAAAGUUGAUGAAGACUCAUGGAGUCAUGUCAUUGAGGCGCUUUUGGUGGGCAGUGGGACUUCUACUAGUACCAUGGAUUGGCUUCUUCAAGAACUUCUAAAAGACAAGUUACUACAGUGGCUUUCUUCCAGAUCCCAGCAAAGAAAUGACCACCUGGGCUGUUCCUUGUCCAAGAAGGAACAAGGGAUACUGCACAUGGUUGCUGGGAUGGGUUUUGAGUGGGCCUUGAAGCCAAUCCUCAGUUAUGGAGUCAACAUAAAUUUCCGAGACAUCAAUGGCUGGACUGCUCUUCAUUGGGCUGCACGCUUUGGAAGGGAAAAAAUGGUAGCUGCUCUAAUAGCUUCUGGUGCAUCAGCUGGUGCAGUGACAGAUCCCAAUUCGCUAGAUCCAACAGGCAGAACCCCUGCAUCCAUUGCUGCUGCCAGCGGGCACAAGGGACUUGCAGGUUAUCUUUCAGAGGUGGAACUAACUAGCCAUCUUUCAUCCCUCACACUGGGAGAAAGUGAGCUCUCUAAAGGCUCUGCUGAUGUGGAGGCAGAAAUGACUGUCAAUAGCAUCUCAAAGGGGAGUCUUACGACAAGUGAGGACCAGCUUUCACUUAAAGAUACUCUCGCUGCAGUCCGGAAUGCAACUCAGGCUGCUGCACGUAUUCAAUCUGCUUUCCGUGCACAUUCAUUCAGGAAGAGGCAACAGAUGGAAGCUUCUACUGCUGUUGUUAAUUUAGAUGAAUAUGUUAUUACUUCAAAUGACAUUCAGGGGAUUUCAGCUGCAUCAAAGCUGGCCUUCCGCAAAUUGCGCGAUCAUAAUACAGCUGCUUUAUCUAUUCAAAAGAAAUAUCGAGGCUGGAAAGGUCGUAAAGAUUUCUUAGAAUUGCGCCAGAAAGUAGUGAAGAUACAGGCUCACGUGAGAGGCCAUCAGGUUAGAAAGAAUUAUAGGGUGAUCUGCUGGGCUGUUGGUAUUCUUGAAAAGGUUGUAUUGCGAUGGCGUCGGAAGGGAGUUGGUUUGCGAGGAUUUCGUCCUGAACCAGAGUUGAUGAGUGAAGGUGAAGAUGAAGACAUUCUCAAGGUAUUUCGGAAAGAGAAAGUGGAAGUAGCUGUUGAUCAGGCUGUCUCAAGGGUGUUGUCCAUGGUUGACUCUCCAAAGGCUCGCCAGCAAUAUCAUCGCAUGCUUGAAAAAUAUCGCCAAGCUAAGGCUGAACUUAGCAGCACAGAUCUUGAAGCAGAAUCGAUGGCUCGCACCAGCAUGUAAAAUGAGAUUGCCAGUUUCCAUAGAAGCAGCUUCACCUUUCACCUUUCACCUUUGUAACUUUAGUAGAACAAUCUUUAAAUUAAGCUGGCAGGUGGCUUUUGCAGUUCUCUCUCUGUAUAUAAUAGUUUGGAUUCUCUCCACAGGUAAUUUUUAGGUGCUAGAAUUGAUAGUUGGGUAUCUUGGUAUGUAAACAUAUUUAAUGAUAUGUAAAUGUCUCUUUCUUAUUGCUGUGAGCGGCUUUUAAUGGGCCUGAUUUGGCUGAAA